GGAGCCCGGACGCCCCGAGCGGCCGUCGAGGGAGGCGGAGACAGCCGCGCUCAGCCCCGGCCGGCCGCUCAGCCAGGCACCCAGCCACGGAGGAGCAGGAGGGCCGCAGCCGGAAUGGGCAGGCCGCAGUAGCGCCCCCAGGGGCCGGCGCCAUGGGCUCGGAGCCGCAAGCCGGAGGAGGAGGAGGCCGAGGUGGCGUCGGGAGCGGCUGCGGCUCCUGCGGCGGGGCCCGGAGGGGCGUGGGGCGGGCGCUGUCGGGCUUCUUCGCGCUCUCGCUGGCGCUGCACCUCCUCACGCUCGGCUGCUAUCUUGAGCUGCGCUCCGAGCUUCGCCGCCGGGAGGCGGAGGCCGCCUGGCCGCCAAGACAGAGCAGUGCAGCGCGGACCGCAGACUACGAGGACGGGGCGGCGGCGGGGGCUGCGGGCGAGGUCUCCGGUCCCGGCCGGCCCAAGCAGCGCUUCGCCCAAGAGUCCGGCAGGCAGCGGCAGCAGCAGCAGGUGGCAUUGCUGAAGUUCUUCUCUCCAGAAGAAAGGCCUUUUUUCGGGGAAGGAAGCCGCCGUGUCCGGAGGAAUAAGCGGAGCAAGAACAGCGAAGGAUCAGAGGGUGCAAGCCCAACGAAAAAGAAAAAAGGCAAAAAACAUGGCCCCCCAGGACCGCCUGGCCCACAUGGGCCUCCUGGCCCCCCCGGAAUCCCUGGGAUCCCUGGGAUUCCUGGCACCGCCGUGAUGGGACCUCCCGGCCCUCCAGGACCUCCUGGCCCCCAAGGCCCCCCUGGCCUGCAAGGCCCCACUGGUGCCGUGGAUAAAGCAGGACCUAGAGAUAUACAGCCAGCUGUUGUUCACCUUCAAGGGCAGGGAUCAGCAAUUCAAGUCAAGAAUGAUCUUUCAGGGGGAGUCCUCAACGACUGGUCCCGCCUCGCCCUGAACCCCCGUGUCUUCAAGCUGCAUGCCCGUAGCGGGGAGCUGGAGGUGCUGGUGGACGGCACCUACUUCGUCUAUAGUCAGGUAGAAGUAUAUUAUAUCAACUUCACGGACUUCGCCAGCUACGAGGUGGUGGUGGACGAGAGGCCCUUCCUGCAGUGUACGCGGAGCCUCGAGACGGGCAAGACAAACUUCAACACCUGCUACACAGCCGGGGUUUGCCUCCUGAAAGCCCGGCAGAAAAUCGCCGUGAAGAUGGUCCACGCAGACAUCUCCAUCAACAUGAGCAAGCACACAACCUUCUUUGGGGCCAUACGGCUGGGAGAUGCUCCAGCAUCCUAGAGGGGACUUGGACAGGGAGAACGGACAAGAGAUAUUUAUUCACAGGAAGGAAGGGCAUAAAAAGGGGGUCCCCUCUGGGUUUUGCAUUAGGGAAAAGGAGAUCCCCUAGCAUACACCAGGGGAAACUGAGGCUGAGGCGGGAUCAUAUAAUCAGUUCUCUUUGGCAAGCAAACAUUGGAUCAUAGAAUGAGACUCCUGGAUAUAGGGGCAUGUGAUCCAUGGCUCGUCUGUGCCAAUUGUUGUGGAAUAUUCGGGCGCCCUGUGCCCAGUAACCUGCCCCUAAGUUAGUUCACUGCCCCCCCCCCUGAGUUGAGUUUAAGAGGAAAUGCAGACCUUUGCAGGCUAAGCAGGCAGACUUGUGUCAGCAUCACCAACCCUAAGCUGAGGGAACAAACAGAGAAGCCAGUACUUCAAUAGGAGGUUGUUGAACCCCUUUUCAUGUUCAGAUGUGGUCAGAUAUUGAUCAGGCUUCAAUUGGUAAGGAUCCCACAAAAAAAUUGGUUCUUGAGGACAUUGCACAUGGGUUUGAUGCUUACCUUUUACCCAAUUUGUGGGGAAAUAUUUUUAAUUCUAACUCUGGUUCUUAAAAGAUGUCGCUCACUCAAUCCACCAAUAUCAAGGACCUCCACCACCCCAGCAAGUGACAUUAUGCCUCCAGAUGUGGAGGUGCAACAUAACCACAGUUGUUAGUAGCUGUUGAUAGCCCUCUCCUGCUCUACAAAUUUGUCCAAUCCUCUUGUAAUGCCAUCAAAGUUGUUGGCCAUCACUGCCUCCUGCAGGAGGAAAUUCCAUAGAUUAACUGAAAAAUUGUUCCUCCCCUGCAAACUCCUUGGGUUUUGACCAUGCUGGUAGGGUGGUGGUUCAGCUCCGCACUGCAGCUUAGGGUGGCCAAAAGGGUCCACAGGCACAGGGCAAACAGCCAGGUGGGAUUGGUGGGGGCCUGAAGCUGCUCUCUGGGUCAGCACAAUGUUCUCCACUGUAUGGUCUGUAUAUAGAAUAUACAUAAUGUACAUAGACAGGGAUGUAAGUUUACAUUAUUUGUUGAUAUUUUCCAUUGCAAAUAAAACUUUUUCCAACCUGA